GAGGUUUUUUGAAUUUUAACUUUUUUACAAUUUUUUAAAAGUCAGGAAUUUUGACACUCUUUUCUCCUUUUAAAGUUUACCAUUUUUUCGGAAAAAUGGCCAAAAAAGAAUUUAAACUAAGCAAAACACUAUACGGCCAUUCCCUAGACGUUAGAUCAAUCGUAGUUACGGAACAAAAUGAUAUUAUAAGCGGUUCCCGAGAUAAAACUGCAAAGUUUUGGAAAUAUAACCCAUUUCAAGAAAAUUACGAAGAGGUUAUGACAUAUCGAGACCAAAAGAACUUUGUUGGAGCUGUUUUGUUUAUCGAACCAACUGAAGAAUAUCCUGAUGGCCUGGUAGUCACUGGGGGAAACGACAAGCUUAUUUUAGUUUAUAAACCUUCAGAACCCUUUGCUACCUUUACCAUCAAAGAUCACACCAAUACAAUCAGUUGUUUGAGCAAAUCAAACGAAGCAAACGCCUUUUUUUCGGGAUCUUGGGAUAAUAGUGCUAAGUACUUCAAACUAUCAGGAACUCCAAGUUGUAUUGCUACAUUUUCUGGACAUUUGGCUGCUAUAUGGUCUGUGAUUCAGUUAAAAGAUAGUAGAGUUGUUACAGCAAGUGCAGACAAGACUAUAAUCGUUUGGGAUAACAAAGGACAGAAAUUACAAACAUUAACCGGUCAUACGGACUGUGUUAGAGCUCUAACUGAUUUCCCAGACUUGAAUUUGUUUGUAAGUGCUGCCAAUGAUGCUUCUAUUAAAAUCUGGAACUAUUCUGGUGAAAAUAUUCAAACUCUUUACGGACAUACCAAUUAUAUAUACAGUGUGGCGAAUUGUAAAACAGUAGGUCAGGAUUGUUUUGUAUCGUCGGAUGAGGAUAGAACUGUGAGAAUAUGGGAGAAUGGAAUAAAUACGGAGAGUAUAACACUGCCAGCACAGUCUGUGUGGAGUGUGGCUUGUUUAAAAAAUGGGGACAUUGUUACUGGUUCAAGUGAUGGGUUAGUGAGGAUUUUUACUAGAGACGAGGCGAGAUACGCGAGUCCAGAAAAUCUAACAAAAUUCAAAGAGGAAGUUGACAAUUUGUUACAGCAAAGCACGCAGGAGAUUGGAGGGAUUAAAGUGUCAGAUUUGCCUGGUAAAGAGGCCCUGUACGAACCGGGUAAGAGGGCAGGUCAGAUGAAAAUGAUACGCGAGGGAGGCAAGGUAGUUGCCUAUACUUGGGUGUCGGAGGGUGAUUCUAGCCAUUGGGAUAAAGUGGGUGACGUCAUGGGAGGGACUGAUAAAGAUGCGUCGGGGAAAACGGUUUUUGAAGGCAAGGUAAGAUCUAUUGAUUAAAACACAGGAUCGCUAUUAUUUGUAUUUUUAUUUUAUACUAACAUACAAUACACGAAGUUUGUAAUUCUAUCUAAAAAUUAUUUAUUAUUUUUCUUUAAGGUAGUCGAUUUCAUAUUGAAAAACAGUAAAGAACAGUUUGUUCCACCUACAAACAACCAAUAUCAAGACCCUUUUACUGGGGGAAGUAGAUAUACCCCCAGUUAUCAGUCGAAUUCAAACCAAACAGGUGUUAAUGUCGACCCUUUUACAGGCGGAAGCAGUUAUUCGACAGCUGCUUCUAAAAAGACUUCUAGUUCUGUGUCAGUGUCGAGUGGAGCAAAUACUGAUCCAUUUACAGGGGGAUCAAGCUAUACCACUACUUCACAGACUUCAACCAGUUCAUACUUUCCUAUAUCGACAUACAAAACUUUUGACACAGGAGAUCCAAAUGUCAUCUUGAAAAAACUUAAAGAAUUUAACUCGAACAGUACCCAAAAUAAAGUAAUUGAAGAAGAAUUAGACAGUUUGGUGGAUAUUUGUGUGGGAAUCCCUCAAAACCCCAACACAUUUGACCUACUGUUUAGGUUACUAGACUGGCCUGAUGAGCUAGUUUUUCCAGUGCUGGACAUUGUAAGACUGGCUGUGAGGCACCAGAAGAACAAUGAGGUUAUAUCGGAAACCAACAACGGCAUAAUCAUGCAAAAACUGUUGAGUUUCAUUGGUGAAACUAAAAUACCCAACAAUACGAUUCUGGCGUUUAGAACUUUAUGUAAUUUGUGUUGUCACGAGCCAGGAGAGAAUUUAGUUUAUAGUAAUCAGUUUGACAUAUUGGAGAAUAUCACGUCUUUGGGACAUUUAAAUAAAAAUGCACAGAUUGCCUUAGCCACAGUCCUACUCAACAUGACUGUCUUGUCAAUUAAAAAAAACGACGACGUAUGUUUCUCAGUCCUAGCACAAGUACUACCUGAUGUUCUAACCAAACUCACUGAUCCAGAGUCUCAUUUUAGAAUCUAUGUUGCCUUAGGGACAUUAAUUCAGCAGUCAAACUCUCACAAGACUGAAAUUGUUCAGAGAGUGAACGAUAACAGCAAUUUCUUGACUACGUUACAGUUGCAUAGUUUUUCUGGAGGAAAUGAACUGGAAUGCAAAAGAACGAACUGCGUGAAACAACUGCAAGCUUUACUUCAAUAAUAUACUUUAAAAAAUGAUUUUUAUAACAAGUGUUAAGCCAAAUUAAUUUAUUUUUAAAAAUACGUAUGUAAAAGUUGGAUACUUUAACAAUAUAGGUUUUGAAAGUGAAUUUUAA